UCGGAUUUAUUCUAACACUCGGUCGCCUCCCACUCCAUUACCCUUUCUCCGCUCGCUCCAGUCGUCCGGCGCCGACACGCUGUUCCCUCGCCGUUCCGCCUCCACCUCCACCUCGACUGCGUGCGCUAGCCCGCCCGCACUUUCCACGACCCGGCUUGCCUUCGGAGCGAGGGGAGGGAAACGAUGGUGGCCAUCGCCGCGCUCGCGGACGGCAAGAGGUGGGCGGGGAUUUCUCAGACGGGGAAGCCCGGCGCGAAGGCUCCUAAACCCAUCAACUUGCCGAACCAGAGGUUGGACAGCCAUGGCCUCCGCAGUGACGAGAUUGUUCCAAAGGGCACGACCACUUGGGGCGGCAAAUCAAUGCUCCCAGCAUCAAAUGCAUGGGCUUCACCUUUGCUUCUGAAUCCCAAGAAUGAUAGAGCUUCUGGUUCACCUAGCCACAUUGAUGAUCGUCCUUCUUCCCGAGGAAGCUCGACGUCAUCAUCAUCAGUUGGAAGUGACUUCCUUGACUUACCAUCGUAUCGUUUGCCAAUGGCCGUAAAUUAUCCUCUAAGCACAGAGACAAGAUCAGGGAGCUUGCAAGUUUCUCAUUUUCCAGAUUCUUUCAGUAAUAUUCUAAAAGCACCGUUGAAAGCUGUUGGCAGACGGGCACCUACAUCACAGGGGAAAGGGUUCAGCCUAAGUAUGGAUGAUUUCCCAGUACUUGGCUCCAGAAACUCUGCGUCAAACAGUCAACAAGGGCAAAUUUCAGGAAGGUGGCCAACUAUUGCUUCUGGUAUUGUGGCAACACAAGAUAAACAAGGAAAGAACCCGAUAACUGGAACUGGUGAGGUAAUUUUGUCUUGCAGUUAUGAGCAUGAAAUUAUCUCAAGAAUGGACUAUGUUUGCAAAGGAGACGAUCCUAUUCCUGCUGCAAAGUUUAUAAGGGGAGCUGAGCAGGCUCAACUGCAUGAUCCCCAAGUUCCUAAUAUAUGUAUACCUCCUCCAUUGUUGGAUUACUGGCAUCGUCCUCCUGAUCAGCCACCUGAUGAAAAUGGAAAAUUGCAUAGUGGAGAGGUGCCAUAUGGUCCGUACAAGCAUGCUGACCCGACUGGCUUUGCUGUUGAAUCUCUUGCUCAUCGUGAUCAGUUCACGCUCAACGAGGAGGCACUAGCAAAGCAGGAUACUGGACAUGGUGGGUAUUAUCCAGACAAGAGGGAUAUAUCUCAUGCUCACAUGCCUGCUGAUUGUUGUGUCAUAAAUCAAUCUUGCCAUGUUCUUGGGAAGGUCAAGAAUGGCCAUGCAGAUGUACUUGAGAUCGAGAAGCAACCUAUCAUCAAGAAGGAUGUGGCUCUAUUAGAGAAAAUCAAGUGUCUAAACAACAAAGCUAGAAAUUUCCGUGCCCUUAACUUGUCCAAUCUACCUUCAUCUCUACUCAAGGACUCCAAGGUUAAACACCCAAAAAUCAUCCGUGUCGAGGAAGAUCGUGUGACAAAAUAUGUUCCCUUCAGUGCUUCCACCAGUGAGACUGGUCCUGCCUUUGACAGGCUUAAUUCUGUUUCUCAAAGCAGCAGUUCUGUGUCAACUAAUCCAUCAAAUGGGCCUGAUAAGGGUGUAACUGUUGUUUGUCUGUCAGAAAAACAAGUUACUGAAUUCAGCCAAGCUGGAAAAGUUGGCAAAUCUGCUGAUCGCCAUGCAUAUGGAAGAAGCGAUAUCUCAAGAAACAUGCUUGAUGGUUCUGCUCAGGACAUGCCAUCUCGUAUUACUGGACAUGGAUGUGAAGAGCACUCCAUGAUUGACUCUUUGCGAGGAGUUCUUAUGGUAGAUGCUCAACAAGACCAACUUCUUUCUAGGAACACCUCUCAGCAGCCACAUGUGACAGUCGCUGAUAAGGAGCCAAAUUGGCUUCAUUGUGAAGACCAGCAUUCCAGAAUGAGAUAUUUGUCUGCUCAAGCUGCGAAACAACUACAGGACGCGGAGAAGUGGAUUAGUCAACAAAAUACAAAUGCUAUUGCAAAACUGGAAGAAUUGAGGAGGUAUCAAUCAAUAGAGUCAGAAGUCCAAUGAUGCACCCCCAGACGCAGAUAUGUACUGCAAGCCAAAAACGCGAGAUGAUGUGACUGCUAAAUGUGCUAGUUCAGUGGCAGAUACAUGUUGUAUUGUCUCUGCUGAUGGUCAUAAUGCGCCUCAGCCAGUAGCUGGAGUCAAGAUUAGUGAAGUUUCUAUUGGUUCCAGUGCAGCAUCAAAUACUUCAGGUGUUAGUAAAGGUUAUAAUUUCAGGUCUUCAGCCAAGAGCACACAGGUUAACAUGAUGGAACACAUUUCCCUCAACUCACUGUCACAUGACAACAGUACUCCAGAACACUGGCCAAUGGAGCACAGGCAAAUGCAUUUUGGUUCAUGGGAGAGAAAUAUAACAGAUAGGGAGAUACCUGCAGACACGAAGGGUGCUGAAGCUAAAAAUCAUGACGACCUCUUGACCAGAAACAAGAGCAGCAGGAGGAACUUUAAUUCAGUUAGGCCUGCAGCGCCACCUGUGUUUAAUGAGAAGAAUUCUACAGAAGUCCUGAGUAUGCAGAAAACCCAUGUUCCAUGUAUUGCCAUUAAUAGUUCUAUAAUUCCUGCCAAGGUUACUUCUGUUACAGGUCUUAUUGUGGGUAAUAUAAUGCUUGAUGAUGUUCCACUUGCAUCAGUAAACCGGGAGUGGGCAGUACCGGCCAAGGAAGUACAUGAUACAGCUAGUAGCCUCUAAGGGCCUCGGCAGGUCAAGAAAUCAGAAAAGAACCAGCAUGGUCUACUGCCUGUCGAGACUCCAAUUUCAAACGAUAGUGUCAUGUGCAAACCGAUUAAACAGGCAGGGAGGAAAGAAGAGCAUGCAGAAGGAGGUCCGAAUGGUAUGGCUGUAGUUGAUGGACUUGCUUUGGUGGUGAAAAAUCUCGCAAAACCGGCAGAGUACUUCAAUGUGGCAGAUGUUAUACAGGAGUCAUCUGACCAGUGGCAGCAAGGAGAUGUGCAAUUUGAGUCCAAGGCCCAUGGUGGUACCGAAGACCGUUCAAAACUAACUGAAAUGGUGUCCUUGCCUGACAAUACUUGGGAAAAGCAUCCGGCGACUGACAGUCCAAGGCGCUACCAUGUUGAGGCCCAAAGGAAUGUGGGGAUUCGCUAUGGUUACAGGGAGAGGGCAGGCAGGGGACGCUUCUUCCACGAAUCACCAGCUCCGUCUAGGGCUCGCUGGAUGCCUAAAUACAUCUCCCAUCCUCAGAGCGAUGCACAAUAUGAUGGGGUCUCUGAAUGGCUGCAGGAUUCCCACCAAUUCUUAUAGGACAUGGACAACGCACAGGGAUUGGACAGCAAACCGACUCAGAUAGCUGACAGAGAUGCUGGAAUGGAUCUGCAGGGUGGAGAAGGCAAUGUAGGCAUGAGCUUCGUAGAUGAAAACCCCUUGAUAUGGAACGAAACAGAGUGGGAGUAUCAGCCUCUCUUUCCAGCGCCACAUCGCCUUGGCCAACAACACGGUGACUCGAGUGAUGAUGGUCAAAGGGGUAGAGGCAGACACUCUGAGUACCGCCAACAACACGGUGACGCGAGUGAUGAUGGUCAGAGGGGUAGAGGCAGACACUCCGAGUACCACUAUCCGGAGCCGGUAAGAUCUCGUGAUACUGCACCUGACAUCCAGUGGAACCCCGGCGGUGCUGACAAUCAUCAGUAUCCGGCCUAUUCAAGACCGGGAAUGCACACGGAGCGCAGGUACUAUAUUUGAAGGUCGCUGUUGGGUAGCUGUGCUCCAUACAAUCAUCACCAAUCCAGUCCUGUAACCAAUCCCAUGAAUGUUCGUGUGAGUUGCUGAAGCGUAGAUAGCCUUUUGUCAGCUCUGUUUCUUUCUUUCUUUCUUCUCUGGGCUUGCGAUGAUCUAUUUACUUGUAAGAUGCUGGUCCUGUUUAUCUUAUGGAGACCUUUAUCUUGUAAGUUUUAUCUGAAGAAUAUUCUACUUCUGAUGGCCGAAUUCUGCA